AUGAAAAGCCGAUACAACCUUUGGAAGAAACAGCUGAUCGUGUUCGGAGCUCAGCUCUAUCUUCGUGGAAGAUCAAUACAGAUUGGUGGAGAUACCGUGAUUGAUGUCAGUGCUGGCCACAUUCUUUAUCCACUGUUUGCUGUCCGUCAGUUCUUUAAAGAAAUUAUAAUUAUAGAGUGUAAUGACCAAUGUAUUAAAGGAGUGAGAAAUUGGAUUGACAAUGAUCCAGGUGCCCAUGAUUGGUCUUAUGCUUCCAAAGCUUUGAAGGAGAUAGAAAAUGCAAGUGAAAGCUAUCAGGAUAUAGAAGCUAUGACAAGAAGGAAAAUGAAACGCAUUGAGAAGUGUGAUCUGGCGAAGAAAAACCCUACAUCUCCUGUAGAGCUACCAAAGGCAGACUGCGUCAUCUGUUUUCGGACCCUGGAUGGUGUUAGUCCUGAUCGCAACGCGUUCCGCAGAAACCUGAAAAAUUUGUCAUCUCUACUUAAAGCUGGGGGGAACUUAGUACUGCUUGCAGAUAUCGGCACUUCUUAUUUAAUGGUUGGGGAUGAUAAAUUCUUUGUCUUAGAUUAUGAUGAAUCCUUUUUAACACAAGUUCUAAAAGAUGAAGGGUAUACCAUUAAAUGUUAUGAAAAGGUAGGAGGUGAGUCUACCAGUGAUCUCUAUGCCCUUAAAAAAGCUAUAUUAGUUGUUGCAGAGAAACAGUGA